AUGGUAGGAGCUUCGAGAACAAUCCUAUCCCUCUCUCUCUCCUCUUCCCUCUUCACCUUCUCCAGAAUCCCUCACGUAAUCCCAUUUCUCCGCCUCCACAAACCUUCCUCUAGAUUCUACCACGCUUUCCGUCCUCUAUGCGCCGCCGCCACAGCUCCGACGGAGACGAAUGUCGCGGAUCCAGACCAAUUAAAGCACACGAUCUUACUGGAGAGGCUUCGCCUCCGACAUUUGAAGGAAUCGGCGACGAAACCACAGCAGAGGCCGAGCAGCGUCGUUGGCGCAGAGGAAGAUAACAGUAUGAAGAAGAAAAAGAAAUUGGCUGAGAAUUUCGAGGAGUUAGGUCUAAGCGAGGAAGUUAUGGGAGCUUUGAAAGAGCUCAACAUUGAGGUUCCCACGGAGAUCCAGUGUAUCGGAAUACCUGCGGUUAUGGAGCGCAAGAGCGUCGUCUUGGGCUCCCACACUGGCUCCGGCAAGACUCUUGCCUAUUUGCUUCCUAUUGUUCAGCUGAUGAGAGAAGAUGAAGCAACUCUUGGUAAGAUAACAAAGCCGAGGCGUCCGAGGACUGUUGUUCUGUGUCCUACUAGAGAACUAUCUGAGCAGGUUUACCGUGUGGCAAAGUCCGUAAGCCACCACGCGAGGUUCAGAUGUACGUUGGUUAGUGGUGGUUCUCGGAUAAAGCCACAGGAGGAUUCUUUGAACAACGCAAUAGACAUGGUUGUUGGAACACCUGGUAGGAUUCUUCAGCAUAUCGAUGAAGGAAACAUGGUCUAUGGAGAUAUCACAUAUUUGGUGCUGGAUGAGGCAGACACUAUGUUUGAUCGUGGUUUUGGUCCAGACAUUCGCAAGUUCCUUGCCCCACUGAAACAGCGUGCGUUGAAAGCAAAUGAUCAAGGAUUUCAAACGGUCUUGGUGACUGCUACUAUGACAACGGCUGUUCAGAAGUUAGUCGAUGAGGAGUUUGAAGGGAUAGAGCAUCUGCGAACAUCAACAUUGCAUAAAAAGAUAGCAAACGCUCGGCAUGACUUCGUCAAGCUCUCAGGUAGUGAAGAUAAGCUAGAAGCACUUGUACAGGUUCUUGAACCUAGCUUAGCCAAAGGGAGCAAGGUGAUGGUCUUCUGUAACACUUUGAACUCCAGCCGCGCCGUCGAUCACUAUCUUUCCGAAAACCAGAUCUCCACCGUGAAUUAUCACGGUGAAGUUCCAGCAGAACAGAGGGUUGAGAACUUGAGAAAGUUUAAGGACGAAGAAGGAGAUUGUCCUACACUGGUGUGCACGGAUCUGGCUGCGAGGGGUCUAGACCUCGAUGUUGAUCAUGUAAUCAUGUUUGAUUUCCCAAAGAACUCUAUCGACUACCUUCAUCGCACUGGAAGAACAGCUCGCAUGGGCGCUAAAGGAAAAGUGACGAGUCUGAUAAGCAGGAAGGACCAAAUGUUAGCAGGAAGGAUCGAAGAAGCCAUGAGAAACAACGAGAGCUUAGAAGCACUCACCAACGAUAACGUGAGGAGGGACGCCGCGAGAACGCAAAUCACUCUAGAGAAAGGAAGGAGCGUGAAGCAGAUCAGAGCAGUGAGCAAGCAACGAAACACCAAAGACAGAGCAUCAUCGUCGUCAUCAUCAUCAUCUCCUCCUGCAAAACCAAGAGGUGUGAAGACACCAGUGAGAAGAAACUCCACUUCAGUGAGAAAGCCGACGAAACCCGGAAGAUCAUCAUCAUCAUUAUCAUCAUCAUCAUCAUCAUCAUCAUCAUCAUCUCCAGAGAAAUCUACAAAGCCGAAAAGGAAGAUAUUAAAAACGGUGGGAUCAAGAUCGAUUGCUGCGAGAGGGAAAAAAGGCUCAGAAAGAACAGGUAAGAAAAUAAGCGUUGUUGGGUUUAGAGGUAGGUCGUCUUCUACGGCUAGAGCCUCUUCUUGA